GAAAAAGUGGAACACAGCCAACAAGAGAAGGUUUCCCAGAUUCUGGAGCUGCAGGAGGAGGUGGCACAGAGUCGAACGAGAGAAGAACAUUACCGCAAAUAUAUCCGGGAACUUGAGCAAAAGAAUGAUGAUCUGGAGAGGGCACAGAGGGCCAUGUAUGUGUCUCUGGAAGAAUUUGAGACCAAACUUAAUGCUUCCAUAGAACGGAAUGUUCUUCUGGAGUCUGAGCUUGACGAGAAGGAGAGUCUCAAAGUCAUGGUGCAGAGGUUGAAAGAUGAAGCUAGAGAUCUGAAGCAAGAAAUCCAAGUGAUACAGAGCUCCAAGAUGACAUCGGGGAGUCGCAAGUCCUCUGUAGCCUCACCCCUGGACUCCAACAAGCUGCCUGACUCAACGGUACCAUCCCUGACGCCCUCCUCUGUCAAAAGCACCAACCCAAGUCAAAUUCCCAACCCAAGUAUCCGACUGACAGCCUUGGGUAGAGCUUCGACGAUGGACAUUGUAGGAGACCUGUUGAGAAAAGUUGGGGCGCUGGAAGCAAAGCUGGCAUCCUGUAGGAACACCAAUGGGGACACUUACACGAGGACCAGGAGACUGAAUCGCUCCAGUACAUCUUCACCUACUAUUCACAACUUGGGUAGGCAGUAAACCCCUCUCCCUCAAUAUGACGGCAGUGCCUUUGACAGUACGGAUAGACUACACGGAGUGAUGUGAAAGUGUGAACGUUCAACAAACAUUUAGUUCUCAAAUUGAAGAGACUUUAUUUAUCAAGACUAUUUCAAUUGAUUGUUUUGUGACUGAAGUAUCGUAAUGUUCCUUUUUUCUACUUGCACGUCCCGAGCGUGUGUACGAAGUGAUCUAGACAUGACUUGAGAAACCCUCCCAGCUCUUGUCAUUAGAUAUUCUCUCUGAUUUCGCACUACAAUGUAGUGGGAGGUUUUUAGUUUAUGCUUUAUUACUGGUUUUCAAGACUCGGACAGAACUUUGUCACAGUUGCUUCUGGAAAGAAAAGAUUGGUGAUUCUUUUUUUUAUUAAUUGGUCUUAUUUCUAUUUAAUAGAGGGUGAAAGUAUUGUUGAAAAUAUUGGCUUCGUUUUAGUUAAGCUUUGAGCUUUUUUGGGAAAUCUAAAUUUCAAUCUAUUUAGGAAACAUUUUGCUAAAGGAUUACAUGUUCUACAUUAGCGUAUUUGCAAAUUCCUCGUUAUAGAUUUAUAAUAAUAUGUAAUGUAAUUAGUGUAAUAUCAAGAGCUUAAUGUUAAGUUUAAAAGUUGGAAUUUUAAUUUUUCUUGGACCUGUUGCUCUCAAAAAAUAUUUUAAAAUUUAUGUUGAUUAAAGUUUGUGUUUUAAUACUUGGCUUAGUUAAAGGCCAUUUUUUAACAUUUGCCAAUACUAUCAGUGGAGUAAAAUUACUGUAAUCAAACCCUUAAGCAAAAUUAUUUAUUGAUAUAUUUAUAUUACAUUUUAUCUCUUUAAAAAUCUUUGUUUUGCAUAACAACUUUAAUUCAAAUGUAAUAGUGUGGUUUCAAUAAUUUAUUUCUUAAUGGGAAGCAGUUUAGACAUUUUUAUUUCCCUUUGUUUUAGGAAAUACAGCACAAUGUAUCAUCUCUGAGAUUUAGUUUUAUAUACUAAAAUUGUAAUAAUUUUAAAAUCUAAUCCAUGUUAACUAUUUUUAGAAAUAGAUAUAAUUAAGUUGAUCAUAAAAGUGGUAUAAUGUUUGUCACCUAUCAAUUCUAUAAAUUAAUGAAAUCAAAUAAAAUUUUAAGAAACUUUAAUUACUAUAGCUACUUAAUUUAUUUGUAAAGCUGUUGUACAAUGUUUUAAUUCCUUUAUUUAGCUUUAUUUUUUAAUAUACAUAUAUAUAUUUAUAAAUUCUAUAAAUAUUUGCAUAAUAUUAUGUACAUGUCCCAGAUUGAUAUUGUUUGUAAUGAUAUUUUAUAUGAUAUAUAUUGUAAAUAAAAUAUUACAUCUUAAUGGUUAAAUGCAUAAAACAAUAUUUCAGUACAUUUAAAUUAACUAUGAAAAGCAUUGUUUUAUGGCACAAACAUUUUGGAAUUUUUAAGUGAAGUAGUGAAUGUUUAUUCUUAAAAAUUAUAUAUUUUAUGAAAAUUUUGCUAGACCAGUAUUGCUGUGCCAAAGUUUUAAGUUUUUACACUCAUUUCAAAAUUUAUAUGAUGAAACAAGUUUUUAUAAAAUAUUAGUAUUAUUAUUGUGAUUUAAUAUUUCAAGAAAGUAAAGAGAAUACUAAAUAUAAGUGUAAAGAUUAUCUAUGAUAAAAUUUGAACUUAAAAAAAUUCUGAUAUUAUAGAAGUUUAUUUAAUAUAAAUAAAAUUAAUGGCUCCAUAUUUUUGUUUUUGAAUGUUGCAAAAGUUAACCAGCUUAUUUGUUUUGGCAAAACAAAAUUUUAGUUUGGUAUAAACAUUUACAUUCAGUAUUGUGCUUGAAAUGAUAACCUUUUAUAAUUAAACACCCUUCGGUUGUGUGUUUUGUCAUUGCAGAAAUAUAAACAAUUUUGCUAAUCAAUAUUUUCUUAGUUUUAAGGAAUGGAUCAGUUUAUUAAUGCAUGAAUCUAUCAAGUGGAACACAUCAGAUUAAUAUUUAUUUUAGUUUAAGUUUGUUGUAAAAAUUGUGUAAAAUAUUGUUUUUUAUAUUAAAGUAUUUUGCAAUAAGUAGAGUGUAUAAAUAUUAGUAUCUAAUAUUUUGUCCCAAGAUAAUUUGGUCUGUAGGCAAAUAUUAAUGGCGUUUAAUUAAAAUGAUUAUAGCAA